AUGGCUGCUACUGAUAGAUUAAAUCAAACUUCUGAUAUUUUAAAUGCUUCUAUUAAAAGGAACACUUCUACUGCUUCCUUAACUGCUUUAGAUCAUCCUUUUAAAAUCACUGUUAUCGGUUCUGGUAACUGGGGUACUACUAUAGCGAAGGUCAUUUCUGAAAAUACAGCUUUAAAUCCACAAUUAUUCGCUAAGGAAGUUCAAAUGUGGGUCUUCCAAGAAAAAAUUGAAGGUCAAAAUUUAACUGAUAUCAUUAAUACAAGACAUGAAAAUGUUAAAUACUUACCUGAUAUCAAGUUACCAGAAAAUUUAUUUGCCAAUCCAGAUUUAGUUGACUCUGUUAAAGACGCUGAUAUCUUGGUUUUCAAUAUUCCACAUCAAUUUUUACCAAGAAUUGUUGGUAAUUUGAAAGGUCACGUUAAGCCAACCGUUCGUGCCAUUUCAUGUUUGAAAGGUUUCGAAGUUGGUAAGAAGGGUGUUCAAUUAUUAUCUUCAUACAUUACUGAUGAAUUAAACAUUCAAUGUGGUGCUCUUUCAGGUGCCAAUUUAGCUCCAGAAGUCGCCAAAGAAAACUGGUCUGAAACCACUGUUGCAUAUCAUAUCCCAGAAGAUUUUAGAGGCGAAGGUAGAGACGUUGACCAUAAAGUCCUAAAAGCUCUUUUCCAUAGACCAUACUUCCACGUCAAUGUCAUUGAAGAUGUUGCUGGUAUUUCUAUUGCCGGUGCUUUGAAAAAUGUCGUUGCAUUAGGUUGUGGUUUUGUUGAAGGUCUUGGCUGGGGUAACAAUGCCUCUGCCGCUAUUCAAAGAGUUGGUUUAGGUGAAAUAAUAAAAUUCGGUCAAAUGUUCUUCCCAGAAUCAAGAGUUGAAACAUACUAUCAAGAAUCUGCCGGUGUUGCAGAUUUAAUUACUACAUGUUCUGGUGGUAGAAACGUUAGAGUCGCCAAACAUAUGGCCAAAUCUGGUAAAGAUGCAUUUGAAGCUGAAAAGGAAUUAUUAAAUGGUCAAUCUGCACAAGGUAUCAUUACAUGUAAAGAAGUUCACGAAUGGUUAGAAACUUGUGAACUUUUAGAUGAAUUUCCAUUAUUCGAAGCUGUUUAUCAAAUUGUCUACAAUAAUGUACCAAUGGAAAACAUUCCAGAUAUGAUUGAUGAAUUAAAUACUUUACAAAUGUAG